GGUCAGUAGCUCACGGCAGCCCCUCCUUAAGCACACACUGCAACCAUGUCCAGCCUUACCUGCUACACCGUGGUGGUGGUCCUGGCCGUUAUGGUGGCCGGGGCGGCGGCCAGUUCUGUCUACGGCCCCAGGCCUGUCAUCCCCAUCGUGAAGGACAACAGGAAUCAGAACGCCUACGGCGAGUACUCCUUCCAGUACGAGUCCGGCGACGGUACCACCAGGGAGGAGUCUGGCAGCCAGAACGACGGCCAGGUGUCUCAGGGCGGCUGGAGGUACUCGUCCCCCUACGGUGACCCCGUGGAGAUCACCUUCGUGGCCGACCAUGGCGGCUACCAGCCCCAGGGAGCCGUCCUGCCCGUGGCCCCACCCCUCCCAUACUCCCGCACUGGUCAUCUGGCGAUGUGGACGGGAAUGGACCUCAGUUGUCUCCUGUUAUGGUUCUCUCAGGAUUCUCCCCUUCACCUGGUAUAUAUAUACUGGGCCGCGGCUAAUGGUCGCAUCACUUCCAGGCCUUCCUCACCUGCAACAGUAUCAACACUCUCCUUACCUGCUGCCAACAUGAGGUUCAUCGGUGUCGUGGUUGUGGCCGCCUCCCUGGUGCUACUGACGGACCCGGCCACCGCUGACCCCUCCUCCCCUUACCGCCCCUCCCCUUACCGCGCCCCUGUCAUCCCUAUCCUAAAAGAUGACCGCACCCAGGAUCGUUUCGGCGGCUACAGCUUCUCCUACAACACAGGCAACGGCAUCUACAGGAACGAAGAGGGCAAGCAAUCCUACGGCCAGAACUCUGAGGGUGGCUGGAGCUACACUUCCCCUGAGGGCGUCCCCGUCAGGAUUACCUUCGUGGCCAACCAGGGAGGUUACCAGCCCGUAGGUGAUGUCAUCCCCGUGCCCCCUCCCCUCCCAUACUCCAGGACCCAGCGAUACUAACACCCUCCACCUCCUCGUCAUCAUGCGUCACCUGCCUGGUUCGAUGGCUUUGUUAGCUUCUCGUGUUGUUGUUGUUAUCGGCCGAUAAUUUGAUGUAUUUAUGAUGGUAGUUCACUCGCCACACCCUCACAGCCACACACAAGGAGACGGCCGGUUGGUGGUCAUCUGCUUACGACGACGGUGUGUGGUGCAGGGUGUGGCGCGUGUGACACUCUAGUCCACCUAAUCCCGUCAAGUCUAGUCCAGCAGUAGUUGUUGUUCUCUUUUGUUGCACAAGUGUUGCUUUGUUUUGUUUCCUUGUGUUGCUUCGGGUGUUGCCCCCUGGUGCCGCCCAACGUUGAGACAGGGUUAACGUGGGCGGCGGAGGGGGGGUACGCGGCCAGAGCAACACUACCCUUCCCCGCUCCCCACGUCUUGACGCGCAGGGCUCGUCGCUGUUAAGUUUGUUUUCUAUUGUACCACUAAUAAACGUUUGACAUAUA